AUAUCUGGACCAUUUAAAGGCCACCUGCGAGAAAAUACGAGAUUUAACUUUUGCAUAGCAACCCAACGCUGGAUAUUGACAAUUAAAAAAGGUUCUUUUUUCCUUUUGCCACAUCUGGAUAUAGCGUCAUGUCUGACAUUCAUUCGACGGCCUAUAGGUAUGAUGCUGUUUGCACGGAACUUGGAGUUACUCCUAACCCUUAUGUUGUGAAAAUGCUCGAGAAGGAGAAGGAAGAAACCAUGUUAAUGAAACAGAAAGGUGAAUUCAAAGAAAAUAUGCACCUGUACCUCGCUGGGAACAACCAGCUGUUGACAGACAAGCGGCUGGUAGACCAGGACAUGGUGGCUCUGUACAAGACAUUACAGAACAACCUGUAUGUCACAAGUAUAGACCUGAGGUUCAACAACAUCACAGAUGAAGGAGCGAAACACAUAGCUAAACUUAUUGAGGAGAGUGCAACUCUGAGGGAUAUUAAUCUGAUGGGAAAUGACAUUGGUCCCGAGGGAGGAGAGUUCCUGGCCAAAUCACUGCAGAACAAUGAAAGUUUGAAAGCGUUGAGAUUAACUGGGAACAAGAUUGGCAACAGAGGUGGCAUGGCAUUUGCUCAGGUUUUACAAGUCAACACGACCCUAGAGGCUCUAGAUGUUGCAGACUGUGAUUUGACAAUUGAAAGUACCAUUGCAUUAUCAACGGUCCUUUACCAAAACAAGACUUUAAAAGCACUCAAUAUCAACAGACCACUUUUAUUCACUCAUCAAGAGGAGACCACUGUUCACUAUGCCAAGAUGCUAAAAGUAAACACAACAAUAGAAGAAAUCCACUUACAGAAAUAUGACAUGAGAGAUUUCGGGGCAACUCGUCUUGCUGAGAAUUUGAUGCAGAACAUGUCCCUUAAAUACUUGAACUUAAGCUGCAAUAGAGUGACUAGGGAUGGUGCAUUGGAGCUUGCCAAGGUACUGAAGGAGAAUACUGCCAUUGAGAUUCUGGAUCUUGGCUACAACAGACUGGAGGAUGAUGGGGCUUGUCACAUUGCAGAGGCUCUCAAAACAUUCAACACAAAUCUUCAAACACUUGUGGUAUCAUCUAACAACAUUGGAAACAAAGGCCUGUGUGCAUUAGCUGAUGCCCUGAAGGUCAACACAUCUCUGAAGCAGAUCUUUAUUUGGGGGAACAAACUAGAGGAACCAGCCACCAUUGCUUUUGCUAGUUUACUUGAAAGUGGCAGAAUUAAGCCUGAAGAUACAGACAUUCGUGCUUAUGUAGUGGAUGGAGUUACAAAACUGUGUGAAGUCAAUCACUCUAUCCGUAGACAUUUUUACUACGCUCCAAGUUAUGGUGAUGACGUUCCUAGCUGGCAGCCCAGGGGACAAAACCCUAGGGGGUCAGAUGUUGUUGCAAUCAAGAAUUUGACCACAUAUUAGAUGUCAUCUUAUAUCUCAGACCGUCCAUAAUUAUUCUUGCUCAUUUUCUGUAAUAUACUCAUUUUACAAAGCAUUAUAUCAUAUACAUGUAGAUAAUAUGACUUGAAUUUGUAACGAGACAUUGCACACAGGCAUAAGCAUACUGCUCUGCAAAAUGUGUGUUGAGUAUGUUGUAUGACUUUCAUGUAAAGAGAAUCUGUAAAUAUUGUACAUACAUUUAUUUUCAGUAAAUGCCAAUUGUACAUUUGUAAAUUAAAUUAUGAAAUACA